AUGCGUACUGAUCUGAAGCCAUCCCAACAUCUCGUUUCCGAAGACCUCUCAGCUGGUAAGAUGAAAGUCUCAGUCGAAGGUGAUGCCGCGAAGGAUGUUGACCUGCUUACGCUCGAAGACAUCCGCGACCAAAUUCGUUACAUUGAAAAGGCAGUUGCAACUAAAGAGCUGCAUUUCAUGACUCGAGUCCUUCGUGGCAUUGUCCCAAUUCGUCGAAAACUUAAUAGCAACGUUUUGCGUGGUCUGGUUUAUACCUACUUUGCACCCCAAUCCCAGCAAUGGAACUACUUUAUGGAGUUUCUUCCAGAGGCAAUGGACGCUCCCCCCAAGUUGAAUGUCAAGCCAAAAUCACAAAAAUCUGGUACCCUAUUUCCAGAGGUUGAAGUUUACCUUCACCUAUUGCUGCUGAUUCACCUUUUGGACAGUGGAAGCACUAAAGAAGCGACGAGAUGUUCUACCCUUUUGAUGGAAAGAACUCAGGAGACGGGUCGCCGAACUAUGGGAGUUCUUGCUAGUCGUUGCUUCUAUUACCAUAGCAGAGCCUUCGAGUUAGAUGACAGACUCGAGGAGAUUCGUCCUUUCUUGCACUCACGCCUUCGCUCUGCAACGUUGAAAAAUAAUCACGAUUGUCAAGCGGUUCUCAUUAACCUCUUAUUGAGGAACUACCUUCACUACAAUCUUCAUGACCAGGCCUCAAAGCUCGUUAACCGCGUGGACUUCCCCGAAUCGGCUCCUAAUAACGAAUGGGCCCGCUUCCUGUACUACCUAGGCUUCAUAAAAGCCAUCCAACUGGAUUACAACGCAGCUCACGACCACUUGGUCUCAGCUCAUCGCAAGGCACCACAGCAAACAGCAAUAGGAUUCAAACAGGCUCUUCACAAGUUGAAUACGGUGGUGGAGUUACUCCUGGGCGAGCUACCAGAUCGCAGCAUAUUUCGACAGGAGGAUCUCAAGGAUGCACUCCAUCCUUACUUUCAACUAACCCAGGCCAUCCACGCAGGUGAUUUGGGACGCUUUAACCACGUUCUUAAGACCUAUGUGCAGCAGUUUAACCGCGACAAGACCUACACUCUCAUUCUGCGUCUACGUCACAAUGUUAUCAAAACGGGAGUUCGUAGAAUCUCACUGAGCUACUCAAAGAUCUACCUUACAGAUGUGGCUGCAAAGUUGCAGUUGGACAGUUCUGAAGACGCCGAGUACAUUGUUGCAAAGGCUAUUCGCGAUGGUGUUAUAGAAGCGGUGAUAAAUAGAGAACGUGGUUAUAUGAUAACAACGGAGGCGAGUGAUCUCUACUCCACCCGUGAGCCGAUGGAUCAGUUCAAUCAACGAAUUCGCUUCUGUCUAGGGAUAAGAAAUCAAGCAAUCAAAGCUAUGCGUUAUCCACCCAAGCAAUACAGCAAAGAUUUGGAAUCGGCAGAGGUGAGACUUUGUAGACUGUUUUGA